GACACUGAUGUCAUAGUGUGGGACGUCAUUAAUGAGAGCGGAUUGUACCGCCUACGAGGACACAAGGACGCCGUCACCCAAGCUUUGUUCCUGAAGGAGCGGAACCUUCUCAUCACCAGUGGUAAAGACACGUUGGUGAAAUGGUGGGACCUGGACACUCAGCACUGCUUCCAGACCAUGGUGGGCCAUCGCACGGAGGUUUGGGGUCUGACGGUUCUUUCAGAGGAGACUCGACUUCUCACCGGCUCAGCAGACAGCGAGCUGAGGGCGUGGAACAUCUCCUAUGUAGAUGGGCAUGAAAACUCAGAGGAGCCUCAGGUGAAAAAAUCUAAAGUUCCUUCUGCAGAGGUGGAAGAUGAUGAGGAGGAAGGGAAGGAGGAGGCGACAGAGGAGCGCAUCCUGACCUGCCGGCGCUACGGAUCCAUCAUGAGGGAAGGGAGGGACCGAGUGGUGACUCUGGGGACCGACCGUACUAGAAGGUUCCUGGCUUGUCAUGGCAACGACUCCCAGCUGGAGAUCUUCUGUGUUCUGAAUGAGAAUGAGAUUGGCAAGAAGAUGGAGAAGAAGCUGAAACGGGCCAAGAAGAAAGUGAAACCGAAGGAAGGGGAGGAGCCAGAAGAGGUGACGGUGGAGAGGACGCUCCAAGACGAAAUUCAGAAGCUCACCAACGUCAAGGCCUCCUCAAAAAUCAAAUCAUGUGACCUGCUGACAUGCGGCACGGCGGAGCUGAAGGUGGUGGUCUUGCUCCAGAACAACAGCGUGGAGUGUUUCACGCUCCCGGCGGACCCGUCCCAGCCCGGCCCCAUCGAGUGCAACAAGAGCGCCCGGCUCACCCUCGGGGGUCAUCGCAGCGACGUGCGCACUCUGACGUUCAGCUCGGAUAAUAUCGCCGUGCUUUCGGCGUCCGCCGAGUCUGCCAAAGUCUGGAACAGAUCAACAUUGCAGUGCAUCCGGACGAUGAUGUGCGAAUACGCCCUCUGCUCGCUCUUUGUACCGGGAGACCGGCACGUCAUUGUGGGGACCAAGUCUGGGAAGCUGCAGCUGUUUGAUUUGUCCUCUGGGAAUGAGAUGGACUCGAUACCCGCCCACGAAGGGGCGUUGUGGUCCAUUUCCCUGUCACCUGACCAGAGAGGAUUUGUGACCGGAGGCGCUGAUAAAGCUGUGAAGUUCUGGGAGUUUGAAUUGGUCAAUGAUGACUCUGAGGCUCAAAGCAGCCGCCGCCUGUCGGUGAAGCCGGCUCGCGUGUUGCAGAUGGACGAGGAUGUGCUGUGCGUGCGUUAUAGUCCGGACGGCCGUCUCCUCGCCGUGUCUCUGCUGGAUUGCACAGUGAAAAUCUUCUUUGUGGACACAUUGAAGUUCUUCCUGGCUUUGUAUGGACACAAGCUGCCCGUCCUGUGUAUGGACAUCUCCUAUGACAGCGCUAUCAUUGUCACCGGCUCUGCCGAUCGGAAUAUAAAGAUCUGGGGUCUGGACUUUGGGGACUGUCACCGCUCGCUCUUCGCCCACGAUGACAGCGUCAUGUUUCUGCAGUUUGUUCCGAAGACGCAUUUGUUCUUCAGCGGCGGGAAGGAUCGGAAGGUGAAACAAUGGGACGCCGAUCACUUCCAGCAGAUUCAGACUCUGGAGGGCCACCAUGGAGAAGUUUGGUGUUUGGCCAUCAGUCCCAAUGGUGACCACAUUGUCUCGUCGUCGCAUGACAAGUCGCUGCGGCUGUGGGAACGGACGAGGGAUCCGCUCAUCCUGGAGGAGGAGCAAGAGAUGCAACGUGAAGCCGAGUUUGAGGCGAGCGUAGGGAAAGGAGACCAGCCGGUGGUGGCGGGAGAGAAGGAAGGAGAGACGGGGCUGGCGGGAAAGAAGACCAUCGAGACCGUGAAAGCCACGGAGCGCAUCAUGGAGGCCGUGGAGCUCCACCGAGAGGAGACCACCAAAGUGCGGGAACACGAGGCGCUGUGCAGAGCGGCUGGGAAAGAGCUCCCCCGGAGGAUUCACCCCGUCCUGCAGGCUUACGGGAACAUCUCGUCCUCGGAAUAUGUUCUGGAUGUCGUAAAGAAAGUGAGAUCCAGUGAGUUGGAGGAGUCGCUGCUUGUCCUGCCGUUCUCCUACGUCCCCGACCUGCUGACCCUCUUCAGGGAUUACAUCCUCCGCAGUCUGGAGGUGGAGCUUAUCUGCCGCUGCCUCUUCUUCCUGCUCAGGAUUCAUUUUGGACAAAUCACAAGCAACCAGAUGCUGCUGGGUGUCAUGGAAGACCUGAAGAACUGCACCAUCUCCCGGGUGUCGGAGGUUCGGGACGUCAUGGGGGUAAACAUGGCCGCCCUGCACUUCUUAAAGCGAGAAAUUGAAGACAAGGAGGAAGUCCUGUUCUUUGCCGACGCCACCGAGAAGUUCGAGGACAAGAGGAGGAAGCGGAAGAAAAAGGAGAAGCUGAUGCUGACCGUAGCAUGAUAACCCCCCUGCCCUUAUGUGUCAUCCAAUCACGGCCUCACCAUUCACCUCGAGAGCUUCCGAAAUAGAGACUUUGUGAUUGGUCAGGGCUGUUCUACUCUGAGUGUAGAGACUUGGACCAUACCAUUCACACAUAUUGUGUGGGGGAGGAGAUUCAGGAGGCCCUGCUUGCUAUGUACAGAGACCUCACUUUUGGAAAAACAUAUUUUAAUAAAAAUAUUUUAUAAGUGUG